CUUGCCGAAUGCGUGUUUUUAUUCAAGCUGGAGCUCUCGUUUAAUUUGAAGAAAUUUUGUCUACAGCGGUGCGGCAAAAUUCUUCAGCAUAAUGAGAAAGUUAACCGUUGUUUUCUUGGUUUGGUUUUUGGUUACGGCACUACAGAUAUCAAGAACUGAAGAUGAUAUGGGUUGUUUUCCCAUAGAUGUAACAAGCUCCGACACAGCUUCCGACAUUUACGCACGACUUUAUUGGAUUUCAGAAGUGUGGAAGAAGAAUGCACCUUAUGAAAUCGGUUAUCCGCUAUUGUACAUUGCUCUUGUCCUUCUGACCCUCAUCCGGUUUUUGUGUUUGCUGAUUUCGUCCAAAGAAACACUCCUUGAGCAGUACGAAAACGAACAAAAGCGAGAACAGACGGAAGUUGAAUCUGAAAUCGACGAAGACGAGAAAGAGUACAUGGUCGCUGCAACAGAACCCGCUGAUGUCACUUCCGCCGAGCCCUCAAUACUAUCCGACAGCAAUGUCUUCAUUGCGGAACAAUUGGUCGAGUCAGUUGAACUACACCAACCUGAAACAGGCGCCUCGUGCAUGGUCAUGGAAAUGCCCCUAACGGAUGAACGUCGGCAAAAAAAAAUUACAGUCCCUGAGCAGCUCCCAGAUAUGGCCCCAGUCAAUACCACGGACAGCUUUACAUACCAUAUAAAACUGGGAGAGGUACUGGAAUCAAAAAUUUGUCCCGAGUCCUCUUUGGGAAAAGCUUGUGUUGUGGUUGCUGUUGGUGCUAUAAUUUCUUACGGAAUUUAUCGACUGGUCUCGAAGUAAAUAUUGGUCGAGAGGAAAAAUAUUUUCAGAGAUGUCUUUUCUACAAAAUGAACAGUUGUAAAAUAUUUCUUUGGACAAUACUUGAGUAACGUCAUUUCUAAAUUGUUCAGUUGUCGGUGGUUUGAAAAUCAGAUUUGAAAAAGAUUGGGGUGAUACUUUUUGUAAAUACGUCAAGGGUUGAAAAUACUGCCGUUUUCCGCCACUCAGUCAUUAAGUCGUGAAUAAAAAUGUUUGAUUCUAAAA